AUUUUUACGCUCUCUACUUGUUCAUACGAACUUACAAACAUAAAUGGCGGCCCCCAUGGGAGGUGGCGGUGAUGGUAGGAUCUUGCCCGGAGUCCGGCACAUCUUCCUGGUCUUAUCUGGCAAGGGUGGUGUCGGUAAAAGCACCGUAGCGGUUGAAUUAGCCCUGACCCUCGUGUCAUUAGGCAACAAGGUGGGCCUGCUAGAUGUGGACCUGUGCGGACCCAGCGUGCCGCGGAUGCUGAAUCUGGAUGGUCACAGUAUACAUCAGUGCCCCGAAGGAUGGGUUCCAGUAUUCACGGACCAAAGUCAGAGGCUGGCCGUCAUGUCGAUCGGUUUCCUACUUAAGAACAAGAAUGACCCCGUCAUCUGGAGAGGUCCGAAGAAACAUGCCAUGAUUCGGCAGUUUUUGGGGGAUGUCCACUGGGGUGAGCUGGACUACCUGGUCGUGGACACGCCGCCCGGAACAUCUGACGAGCACAUGUCCACGGUCGAGAUGCUGAGAGGCCUCCAUCCAGAUGGUGCUAUUCUGGUAACAACACCUCAAGCAUUGUCUGUAAGUGAUGUUCGUCGAGAAAUCACCUUCUGUAAGAAAACAGGUCUUCCAAUUCUGGGCAUCAUUGAAAACAUGAGUGGCUUCGUCUGCCCAAACUGUUCUGAAUGCAGCAAUGUGUUUUCUAGUGGAGGUGGUGAGGAACUUGCCAAAAUGGCAACUGUACCUUUUCUUGGUCGGAUUCCAAUUGAGCCUCGUUUGGCAGAGUCCAUGGAGAAUGGAGAUAAUUUCAUUGAGAAAUAUGCUCAGUCAGAGGCUGCUGUGGCUUUUAAGGCAAUUGUUGCAAAGAUAGUUGCAUCCUGAAAGUACAUUUCAUCUUAUCUUCCAGUCCAGUACAUUGUGUAUAAUAUACUGUGGGUGACCCUUACGUUCGCAAGUUAAAUUUUUUCACAGUAAUACAAUAAUAAAAUGAAGUGGCUUUUAUAUUAAAGGGGUUGUACUGAACUGAA